UUCUUUCACGCAGGCGCCAAGCUUUUUAUUUAUUGUGGUUCGUUCCUGAAGGUCCUGUGCCAUUCAUUCCUAGAGGUGCAUGUGCAGAGCAGGGUUCAAGAACUCAGCUAUCAAUACUCCAUCCUAGCACUCAGGUCUGACUUGUAAUCUGCAGUCAUUAGAGGUGUAAAUCAUGGGAUAUCCUUCCCACUCUGGGUCCAGUUACCAUUCAUCUUGUGUGCCCAGUGGUGGGAUGAAUCACCUUAUCUUGCAGUGUUUGUAUGAGCAGCUCACUGUAUAAGAGCAAAGGAUUCUGCUAUCUGUUUGCCCAAGACAACAUUCACAACCAGGGACCAAGGUGCAGACCCCAGUCAUAAUCUGUUGCCACCAGUUGGUUCUGGACACUCCUCACGCAGAAGAACAACCAGCCAAUGUAAAUCUGAGCCCCCCUUACUCAGAACCAGCAAGAGAACCAUCUACACUGCAGGGCGCCCACCUUGGUACAAUGAGCAUGGUACACAAUCCAAGGAGGCAUUUGUUAUCGGGCUUGGAGGUGGCAGUGCUUCUGGUAAAACCACAGUUGCCAGAAUGAUCAUUGAAGCUCUAGAUGUCCCAUGGGUGGUUCUUCUAUCCAUGGAUUCCUUCUAUAAGGUCUUAACAAAAGAACAACAGGACCAAGCUGCACAGAACAACUUUAACUUUGACCACCCAGACUCAUUCGACUUUGAUCUGAUCAUAAGCACACUGAAGAAACUAAAGCAGGGAAAGAGUGUUAAGAUCCCAACAUACGAUUUCACCACCCACAGCCGCGAGAAAGAGUGGAAAACCCUGUAUGGAGCGAAUGUGAUCAUAUUUGAAGGGAUUAUGGCCUUUGCACACAUGGAGCUUUUGAAGUUGCUAGACAUGAAGAUUUUUGUUGACACUGACUCCGACAUACGCCUGGUAAGGAGGCUUCGCAGAGACAUUUCUGAGCGUGGCCGUGAUAUCGAAGGGGUCCUCAAACAGUAUCAUACCUUUGUGAAGCCAGCAUUCGACCAGUACAUCCAACCAACCAUGCGUCUUGCUGACAUUGUGGUUCCCAGAGGUAGUGGUAACACUGUGGCAAUUGAUCUGAUAGUGCAGCAUGUGCACAGCCAGUUGGAGGAGAGGAAGCUGCGCUGGGACAUGGCAGCUCUUGCUUCUGCCCACCAGGCCCAGCCCUUACCCAGGACUCUAUGUGUUUUAAAGGAGACACCGCAAGUCAGCGUCAUGCACACUAUUAUCAGGAACAAGGAAACAAGUCGAGAUGAGUUCAUCUUCUACUCACGGCGUCUCAUGCGACUCCUGAUUGAACAUGCACUGUCCUUCCUACCAUUCAGGAGUUGCACAGUUCAGACACCACAAGAAUAUGACUAUGAAGGAUGCACGUAUGAUGGGAAAAGGAUCACUGGAGUUUCAAUCCUGAGAGCCGGAGAGACUAUGGAACCCGCUCUGAGAGCUGUUUGUAAGGAUGUGCGGAUUGGAACAAUCCUUAUCCAGACCAACCCAUACACAGGGGAGCCAGAGCUGCACUACUUGAGGCUUCCAAAAGACAUCAGUGAGGACCACGUUAUACUGAUGGACUGCACUGUAUCUACUGGAGCAGCAGCAAUGAUGGCCGUCAGGGUGCUGCUGGACCAUGAAGUUCCAGAGGACAAGAUCUUUCUGCUCUCUCUUCUCAUGGCAGAGCUAGGUGUGCACUCUGUAGCUUACGCCUUCCCACGUGUGCGCAUCUUAACCACUGCCGUGGACAAGAAAGUGAAUGACAUGUUCCGCAUCAUCCCCGGAAUUGGCAAUUUUGGUGAUCGUUACUUUGGCACAGAUGCCCCUGCUGAUUGGAGUGACGAGGAUGAGCCUGCCUGACCUUUUAUGCUGUUACUGCCUCCUGACAACAACACCACCCAUAAUUAUCAUGAAUCACCAUUAAUCCGCCUGAAUUUUCCAUGUAAUGCCUAUAUGCUGUACACUGUGUCAUUCGUUUAGGCUAGGCUGUGAAGGAAAGAUUUUUAUAUUUAUUUUUAUCAAGAAGUUGACAAAAAUAAUAUCAUAAUAUAAAUAAAUAUAUAUAGAUAUAAAUAUA